AUGUUGCGCCCAACGUUAAGAAUACCGCUGAGGCGGCAAAUACAACCAUUGAGGCCACUGGUUCAGCGCAGAUUCGAGCACCUCAUGCCGGUGCUGCAAAAAGACAAGCAGCAGUUUCUCCAGCAUGGCAUCGGCCCCCAAGACAACCAAUUCCUUUCUGCCAGGGCUGUUGAUCUUGCCUGGACCCAAUACAUGACACUGGCAUUAAAGAAGCUGAACAGGUUGACGAAUGGCAAGGCAAACGACAUCAGCACCGGCCGCAACUCGCUGAGGGACUUGGCCAUCCGUACCGCCCGCGAUCCCCUCAACGCCCCUACCUUCAACUAUGCCAGCAUGGCGCAUAACAACCACUUCUUCUUCGACGGUCUGUCCUCGGAGCCUGUUGAGAUUCCAAACCUGCUGCGCGAGCAGCUCGAGCAAGACUUUGGCAGCAUCGAAACGCUCCAGCGCGAGUUCCUCGUGACGGCCCUCGCCAUGUUCGGCCCGGGUUUUGUCUGGCUCGUCAAGACCAAGACCACAUCGGGCAAGGAGAUCUUCCGCCUGCUGCCGACAUACCUGGCCGGCACGCCUUACCCUAAGGCCCACUACCGCCGCCAGACCGUCGACAUGAACACGGUCGACAGCCAGGGACCCGAGGUCAACGGCGUCGACGGAUGGAUGAGCAAGCAGCAGGCCGCCGUCUCGGAUCCCAGCCUGCAAAAGACCGAAAAGGCUCAUGGCGGCAUCUCCGAUUCCAGCCUCACACCCGUGCUGUGCCUCAACACCUGGGAGCACGUCUGGACGACCGACUACGGCAUCAUCUACGGAGAGAAGGAGCGCGAGUCAAAGAGGCUGUAUAUCACCAGGUGGUGGAGGCACAUCGACUGGGAUGUCGUCAGCAGCCUAGCCAACAUCAGGGCCCGACCGGAUCCGAAGUUUUAG